AUGAAACUUGGAGAGUUUUCUCAGACAGGACAGUCGUUGCUGGGCAUAUUCAUCAUCAUGAAGGAGGCUGACUAUUACCGAAUCUCCAGACUUAUUAAUCAAAGAGGAUUGCAUUUUAACACAAAUAUUUUUCUCUCUGUUGAUUGUUGUCUCUGUAGGCUGAAUGUCUGUGACCUCUCAGAGAGAAGCUGUGAAGCUCUGUCCUCAGUUCUCAGCUCCCAGUCCUCCAGUCUGAGACACCUGGACCUGAGUAACAACGACCUGAAGGAUUCAGGAGUGAACCUUCUGUCUGAUGGACUGAAGAGUUCACACUGUACACUGGAAACUCUCAGGCUGAAUGUCUGUGACCUCUCAGAGAGAAGCUGUGAAGCUCUGUCCUCAGUUCUCAGCUGCCAGUCCUCCAGUCUGAGACACCUGGACCUGAGUAACAACCACCUGAAGGAUUCAGGAGUGAACCUUCUGUCUGAUGGACUGAAGAGUUCACACUGUACACUGGAAACUCUCAGUGUGUCAGGCUGUCUGAUCACAGAGGAAGGCUGUGUUUCUCUGGCCUCAGCUCUGAGCUCCAACCCCUCCCAUCUGAGAGAGCUGGACCUGAGCUACAAUCAUCCAGGAGACUCAGGGGUGAAGCUGCUGUCAGCUGGACUGAAGGAUCCACACUGGAGACUGGACACUCUCAGGUAUGAAGAGGCCUGCUGCAGCCACAGAUACUCAGUCUGAUAGAGGAGGUAGAGCUGGAAACUUGUCUCUGUCACACUGUCAGCCUGGCUCAUAUGACCCUGACACACCAAGCUGACCUCAAAGAACCAGAGCUGAUAAACACCGACUCAUCAAACUGUUUGUGUCCCAUCAGACCAUCAAUACAGACACAAGUAGUCAGGGAACAGUAGCCAGGAUGUGCCAAAACAGGGAGGGAAGGUGAUGAAAUGUUUCUGGAGCGUUGUCUUGUUUCAACAUUGGAUAAUAGGACAGUGGUGUAUCCUGACAUGUUGUAGGUUCAUGGUGGGUUGGCAUUCAUCAACAUCGUCAUGCUGCAGAGGGCUGUACCACGAAGCAAGAUCAGUGGCUUAGCCAGAUAUGUUGAGUUGGGUUUUCUGUACUACAAAGGUGGCUCUUCUAACCUGGCUAGAUUGCCAUGGUAACCUCUGCUACAAACCUAACCUGUUGGGACGAGUUUAUGCUCCGAGUUUCCGCUUCAAAUCAGCUAAAAAGCACCUUUCACUGCUCCUUUGAGAAGCAUCACUCUAUAAUCAAUGUGAAUAUAUGAGCGAUGCAGAUUGUUAGCUGAGGGAAAACAUUAUAAAUGCACUUUAUCCAACUUGUUGAGCCGUAACGUUACAUACAUGUCCGAAGCUGUGUGAUUACAGUAGUGUUUACUGUAUCUAUCACGUCACUUUAUUUUAACACAGGAACCUAGAGUCCAUCAGUGAUGCUGAAAAUCUGAGGAACAUUGUUUUAUUUUAUCUGUAAGGUUGUUGUUGCUCUCACUGAACUACUGAAUACAUUUGUGUCCUCUGGUCCAUCUGUCCACGCUGGCUCUAAGAAAAGCUUCUUUAAAAUCACAGGUAGCAAACAGGUGACUAUAUUAUUAAUCAGGAUGAUGUUUACUGUCAUAUGACAUAUGAUAGAAUCCUGUCAAAGCACCAUAACGUUACCACUGUGGAUUAGGUUUUAUGUUUGGUCCUGAUUUGCUGAAGUCUGUUUUACACUGCUGGUAUAUGACAGCUGAUAGAACACUGAUUAGAAGGUAUAUCUAAU